AUGACAAACGAAAAGUGUCAGACCGCCUGCCGUGCAGCAGGCUUUAUUCUUGCUGGUACGGAGUAUGCAGGGGAAUGCUACUGCGGUAACAGACUCGUAGCUGGCGGUGCUCCAGCACCCGAUGGUGAGGCGCAGUGUAACAUGGCUUGCAAUGGUAAUCAGACUGAGAUGUGCGGUGGUCCCAACCGUCUCUCGCUCUACCGGUUUUACCUUGGCAAUGAGCCUCCGCCAUCGUCAACUACAGUGUCAUCAUCCAGCGCUGUGCCUGUUCCCACGGGUCUUCCGGAGGGAUUUGAGUACAAGGGCUGCUAUGUCGAUGGUCCCGGCUUCCGCAUAAUGCAGAACCAACAACAGCCCGAAGACCAGCAGAUGACAAUCGCCUCUUGCUCAAGCACCUGUGCUAGCCAGGGUUACGAUGUCGCAGGUAUGGAAUAUCACACACAGUGCUUCUGCGAUUCCGCACUACGGAUGUCCGCAGUUCUUGCCAAUGACGAUGCUGAAUGCAACACUCCCUGUGGUGGUAACUCUGCACAGAUGUGCGGUGGAGGCAACCGCUUGACCGUGUACUCAAGUCAAGAGACACUCAAGAUCACUAAGGUCGCAGCACCCACUGAGAAGGUUGGAAACUGGACUUACCAAGGCUGCGCGACGAGCUUCGGUCUAGAUUGGCAGAAGCCAUUGCCCUGGAAGAUGACCAACUUGACAGGAAACAGCCCAGAGUGGUGUCUCAACAGGUGUGCCAAGUACGGCUACAUGGCAGCCGGAAUGGAGUAUGGCGUCGAGUGCUAUUGCGGCGAUAUAGACCACAUGGUCGAAAAGGGAUCGCAACCGGCUCCGGAAACAGAGUGUAACAUCCCUUGCCCUGGCGACCCUGAAGCUAUCUGUGGCCAAGGCAACCGACUUACCUGGUACAAAUACACUGAAGGAGACCCGCUAUACGUCUUCAACUACCCUACAGGUGCUGCCGCCGGAAGAUACGACUUCCUCGUUGGAAGCCCUGUGAUUCCGCUCAUCUCACAGCCUCUCAUCAACGGUAAGGUCUCUUUCCUUGAGAAGCAUGGGACUGGCCCCAACGGUACUGGUGCGUACGAACUGGACCCUUCUAUUGGUGAUGGAACCGACAUAUAUCAUGCCUUCCGCGAAAUGAAUGGCCUCAAGACCGAUGUCUUCUGCGCUGCUAGUUUAACGAUGCCUGAUCGAGCAGGGCGAGUCAUCAACAUCGGUGGCUGGUCUGGCGAUUCGUUGUUCGGUGUUCGCUUGUAUUGGCCCGACGGACAACUCGGUGUCAAUGGAACCAACGACUGGCAAGAGAACUUCCAAGAAAUCAGUCUACAAACUACAAGGUGGUACCCAACUAGUUUGAUCAUGCCAAACGGAUCGAUCCUCGUUGUCGGCGGCGAGAACGGCUCCAAUGGUCCUCCAGUUCCAAACAUGGAGAUUCUUCCUCGUGUUGGACCGCUCAAGCAUGCCCAAUACUUGCUCGAUACCGACCCGAACAACCUUUAUCCAUUCUUGGCUGUACUGCCCUCCAGUGGUAUCCUGAUCCAGUAUUACAACGAAGCCCGUAUUCUGGACCCGCAAACACUUGACACGAUCAAGAUCUUACCAAAGGCUCCUGCCACAGUCAACGACGACAGAGGUGGCCGUACCUAUCCUUUGGAGGGUACUAUGGUUCUUCUUCCACAGGUGGCCCCCUAUUCGGAGCCUCUUGAGAUCCUUGUUUGCGGAGGUGCUGGAAUGGCACCAGCCUGGGGCAUCGACAACUGCAUUACAACUCAGCCUGACCUGCCUAACCCUGAGUGGACGCUCGAGCGUAUGCCAUCUCGACGUGUUUUGACCUGUAUGGUGACACUACCUGAUGGUACUUUCAUGAUCCUCAAUGGCGCGGAAGAAGGUGUAGCGGGCUUUGGCCUUGCUUCCAUGUCAAAUCUCAACGCGGUCCUUUACGACCCGAGCAAGCCAAAGCAUCACCGCAUGAGCGUUAUGGCCAAUACCACAAUUGCGCGUAUGUACCACUCUGAGGCUGUGCUCAUGGACGAUGGUCGCAUCCUCGUUUCUGGAUCUGACCCGGAAGAUGAGACGCAUCCUCAAGAGUAUCGUCUUGAGGUCUUCAUGCCUCCGUACCUGCUUUCAGGCAAGCCUCGUCCCGCGUUCACUAUUGAAAACAAGGAUUGGAUGAAUGGUGUAGCAUACCCGUUCACGGUCACUGGUGGUUCAAAUAUCAAGGUCUCGCUCCUCGGCUCCGAGGCCAGCACCCAUGGUAAUUCGAUGGGCGCACGUGUCCUUUUCCCUACCUUUUCGUGUGGCGGAUCCGCUUGCACUGUUACCGCACCUCCCGGUCCUUAUGUCGCACCACCAGGCUGGUACCGCAUGUUCGUUCUAAGCGACGGCGUGCCGUCGCAUGCAACAUGGGUUCGCAUUGGCGGCGACCCGGGUCGUCUAGGAGAUUGGCCGAACGCCGAGGAUUUCAAGCCGCUACCAGGUGUUGGACCUGUGAAGGACCUGAACACGUCGCCAUCCACAACGGCGAAGACAGGAGCUCAGAAGUUCCGCGCCUGA